GAUCGACCUCCGAUCAUAACCUUGCAAUUCUACCACGUUCACGUCUUCCAAGUGACUCUCUAUACCCCUGGGCCUACCGACUGCGACCUGAAUAUUUCAAUCUAUCGACCUCGAUCGUGUGCACCAUCUCUCCUUUGCAACAACAUAGCCCCGCCAACGAGCAUAGACUGCACUGAGUAGGCACCUGCCUGUGAAAGGGAGCGCAUGCCAUGAGCCGUUAACAUCGCACCGGCGACACUGCCAGCAACAUUCUUGUCCCGCCAACGCGCGCAAUAAUUUUCGAGCAAAAUCUCGGCCGACGAGCCUUCUUUGCCCUCACGAUCCGAUCUCGCUGUCACUACCCAACUUCUCUCGUGUCUGUGAAAAGGUUGAUCUCAAAGACGCGUUGUGCCGGGAGAACUGCUAUUCUCUGCCACCGUAUUGCUUUGUGAGCCACCUAUCGUAUUUGUGAGCCCAUCACGAUGGCGCGACAACGACACCACAAGCGCACUGCGAGUGCGUCCAGCUCCAGUUCAGCCUCUACAUCGCCGGAGCGCGGAGCCGAUGACGACAAUGACUCGUUCAUGCUGCAAGGUAACGACUCUCAAUCAUCACUGGGCGCCGAUGUUUCUGGAGAGCUCUCGCAGGAUAAUGAGUACGAAGAGCGAUGCCGCGUCUCGCCGAUAGCGCGAUUACCAGCAGAGAUUCUCAUCAGCAUAUUUUCGCGCCUAUCAUCCACAGGAGAACUGCAGACAUGUUUACUGGUAUCGAAAGAAUGGGCGCGCAACAGUGUCGGUCUGCUGUGGCACCGGCCCGCGAUGAACAAAUGGGAUAGCAUUCACAGUGUUGUGAGGUCGAUUCGAAAGAGCAAGAAAUUCUUCGCAUACCAAGAUCUGGUCAAACGACUGAACAUGUCAACUUUGGGAGGUCAGGUCACCGAUGGAACACUGCUUGGGAUGAAGGACUGCAAGCGAAUCGAGCGGUUGACCUUGACAAAUUGCUGCAAGCUCAAUGAUCUCAGCCUUCAACCACUCAUUGAUAUGAAUCGGAGCCUGCUGGCUUUAGACGUGACGGGUCUCGACCAGCUCACAGACCGCACCAUGAUGACUGUGGCGGAACAUUGCAUACGCCUUCAAGGACUCAACGUCACGGGCUGUAGGAAGCUCACGGAUGCAGCAAUCGUGGCCAUCGCGCAAAAUUGUCGCCACCUCAAGCGCCUAAAAUUCAAUAAUUGUGUACAGCUUACUGACAAAGCGAUCAUGAACAUCGCAAGACAUUGCUCGAACCUUUUGGAGAUUGAUCUCUACGGCCUGCAAAAUCUGGAAAGUUCGGCAGUAACGGAACUUCUCAGAUCUUGUCCUCAAUUACGCGAGAUGCGCCUGGCUCAUUGCUCACGGAUCAAUGACGACGCAUUCCUGGAUAUUCCAAUAGACACGGAUAUCCCGCAGACCUUUGAUGCUCUCCGGAUCCUUGACUUGACCGACUGUGGUGAGCUAGGAGACAGAGGUGUUGAGAGGAUCAUCCAGUUAUGCCCGCGGCUCCGCAAUCUCAUUCUUGCCAAAUGCCGACUGAUCACAGAUCGGGCAGUGAACGCGAUCACGAAAUUGGGCAAAAACUUGCAUUACAUCCAUCUUGGACAUUGCGCACGCAUCACAGACACGUCCGUCGAGGCGCUCGCUAAGAAUUGCACGCGAAUCCGCUACAUAGACCUGGCCUGUUGUAGCAGCUUGACCGAUAGGAGCGUAGAUCAAUUGGCCACUCUUCCCAAAUUGAAGCGCAUCGGUCUCGUGAAAUGUUCCAGCAUCUCGGAUUCAGGGAUUGCGAGCUUGGCGAAUGGCGGCGACCCGCAUAGAAGCCGUCGGCCAGCAGGCUCGAGUGUGCUUGAAAGAGUGCACCUGAGCUACUGCACACAGCUCACUGUUGACGGCAUAUUCUCGCUUCUUAUGAACUGCACCAAACUCACACAUCUCAGCUUGACCGGCGUUCAAGCAUUUCUCCGAGAAGAUCUCCUCGCCUUUUGUCGAGAUGCGCCUCCAGAAUUCAAUGAGCACCAACGGGAUGUUUUCUGUGUGUUUUCCAACAAUGGUGUAACCAAACUCCGGACUCAUUUGCAUCAACAAAAGAAAGCACAGGAAGCUGCAGCCGAAGGUUCCGCUGUCACAGCUUCAGAAGCCGAUGGAUUCAGCCUAAGUGGGCACGACAACGAUUCAAUGGCAGGAAACGCGGCCGCCGUGCAUGUCGAUGCCCACAGCAAUUUCCCACGAGGCUCGACACCCACUGCAGGCCCGAGUCCACCGGUCCCAUUACCGCACGGACAGGUGUAUCAGCAUGUCCACCCUUAUAGCCAUCACUCGCUGCUACUGAGCCAAAGUGCGCCGGCAACGACGGGCGGAUCGUCAUGGGCGGGUGGCGUGGCGCCAGUCACUAUCAACACGAGUGGUGGAGCGCAGCAUGUCACAGGGAUGAUGGGCGCGACGAUCCUUGACGACCAGGACGUAGAUGAAGACGACGCAUUCGGCGAGGGCAGUGAGCUGAUGGAGUAAACCGCCCUUCUCACCACCCUCUCAUUCUUUCCUUCUCUCUCUUCCUCUCCCUUUCCCGCACGCACGCAUAGAUCACAUAUCACGACCUUCAGGGUUUACUUACGUUUUGUUUGGUUGGUGGACAUGCAUUCUUGUCUGGCUUGGCGGGCGCUUCACUCGCUUCUGAGCUUAUUUGCAGAUGUGUUCGGAUAAGACCCGAGACGAGGCUGAAGUUUCCCAUCGUUCUUUUCCUGGCUGCUAUUUCGAGAUAGGAGAUACUGACCUACGGUCGACAUGAGAUUCAUGACUUGAUUUUUCUGCGCUGCUCGCUCCGGUGCCACCAGGUAGUUCUUUCCAAUGGCAGCUCUC